CAAUGUUGCAAACUACCAAAAAACAAAUAGCGUUCUUGUGAAAUACAAAUGUUUUGAAAAUUUAUUUAAAUUGAGUGCUCUAGAAAAAAUGGAAAUCGUGGCACCUAUUGUACAGGGAACUAGCGAAUCAAAUGCAGAUAGUGGGGCAAAAAGAAAAUCCCCUGCAGAAGCCUCCAUCAGAGGAGAUGAAAAUUCUGAGACUGAAAACAGCCAAAACAAACGAAUAAAAUCGGAGGAACCUGUGGUUUCAACUAGGGACGAACCAAAACGUGAUACUCCUGUUAAAAUUAAAGCAGAGCCAGCGGAUGAGGAUGCAGGGGAAGAGGCUCUUCCCUCUUCGGAAGCCACCACCAUUGAUCCAACAAUCCAGGUAAAAGCAGAAUCAACAGUUAACGGAAACUCACCUGCAGCGGCGGCAGUGGUAAAAACCGAACCCAACAAUUCCAACUCCAAUGGACAAGUAGCGGCUGAUUCAUCUGUAUCCUCGAGCAGCAGUAGGAUUUCUUGCCGGUUCGGAAUUCGUUGCUACAGACGAAAUCUAGCUCAUCGGAGUGCUGAAGCUCAUCCAGGAGACCAGGACUAUCGUCGACCCGACUUUCCGGAGCCUCCGCUGGGAACUCCUGCUUGUCCCUAUGGAAACGCCUGCUAUCGCCGUAACCCAGUUCAUUUCCAGCAGCACUCCCAUCCGCCGGAUUUCAAUUCCGCCCAGAACAUCCGCAACCGUCUGCGCCAACGAAAAGCUCAUCGGCAGAAUGACAACGCCGGGACGGAUGAGGAGGAUGACCCUUUUGGAGGCGACAAUGAUAACGAUGCAGACUAUCGUCCAGGCGCAGAUAUCGACGAAGACGAGGAUGAUGAGCUGGAGUUUGAAAGCCAGCGCAUAAAUAGCGAUGAUUACGAUUAGACUACACAUUCCCAUAACUGGUUUAAUAUAUAUAUAUAUAUGUAUUCGUUUGUUGUAAACUUA